UGAUCGGGCAAAAGCACACACCGGUCCCUCGUGAUCCGCCGGUCUUGCUGAUGACCUGAGAAAGUUGAGGGGAACAUGCAUACAUACAUACAUACACAUACAUAAACUUAUAUAUAUUCAACGGGGCAACAUUACUCCCAUCAUCACUUCGCCUCCGGAGAAGCUCGCUACGCCUACCCCAGGCAUGGACGGCAAGCCAGGAGAGGACGGGGCCGGCACAACAGGGCCCAAGAUCAUCCGGCCCAUUCCUCGCCGCCCUUUCAACCUCGCGUUGUCGAGCCCGACGCCUCCCGAAGAGGACGACGACUACCCCUCCCCUCAACCCCGGAUCAGCGCCAGCGACCUGCGUUUCCUCGCCCCUCACCAACAACAGCACGCUGCCACUCCGGGAAGCGCUAGUGGGGAUGGAAGCACCCCGCUCAGUCAUACCACUUCCUAUCUCAACCUGACGUCCUCCACCCUCCGCGGCAUCUACUCACCCUCGACACUGGCUUCCUUCACUAAGGGUGAGGACGAGCUGGACCAGGAGGACGAGGACGAGGACGAGGACCAGGACAACUACUUGAGAGACUCGGACCGCCCCAAUGACGGCGACGCACUACCUGGUCUCUCUGCACGACGGAGCUCCCUCCACCCAGCGACAAGGUCGUCAGCGUCAUCAGCAGCAGCCGCUGCAGUGACAGCAGCAAGCUCACCUCCGGUCCGGAAACGGGAGGUGGCUCUCCAGCUCGUCCUGCGUGCCGCCCUGCUCUUUGUGCUCGGCGUCGGCUACGGCGUGCUGGUCACGCGCCUGCCGCAGAACAGCCACCACCAGCACCACCCCAGCCGCCGCCUGGCCGCGGCGUACGAGUCCCACUGCGAAUGGCGCUAUCUCGUCUUCUGGGGCGUCGCGGGCGUCGCGCUGGGCAGCCUGCUGCCCUGGUUCGAUCGCUUCUGGGAAGAGAGGGCCCAGCCGUCUUCUUCUUCUUCUUCUUCUUCUUCUUCCUCCUCUUCUUCUUCUUCCUCCUCAUUCUCUUGCCCAAGCAGCAUGGCGAGGGCCGAGCAUGCCGAUGCCGACGCACCCGUAACGUCGAAACCCUCCCUCACCUCCCCUCCCCAGACGGAUUGGGCCCUCGUCAUCCGCGGCAUCGGCGCCUUCGUGGGCAUCGUCUUCGCCAUCCGAAGGCUGCCCUGGGCCUCCACCAUGCAGGUGUCGCUGACCCUGGCCCUGGCCAAUCCUUUCCUCUGGUAUCUGAUCGACCGCUCCAAGCCGGGCUUCCUGCUGAGCGCCGCCGUCGGCCUGGGCGGCGCCGCCCUCCUGAUGGGCCUGGACCCGGAGGUCAUGCCCGCCCCCACCGCGGCCGCCGCCGCGGGAGGAGGUGGGUGGGCGGCGGCGGUGAGGGACCGGCUGCGCGGCGGCGGCGGUAUUAAUGCCGAUAACACCACCGCUCCCGGAGGAGCGGUGCCCGACGGCGCGGGGCGGGACGCCGCCGGCGGCGUUCUGCUCGGCGGGCUGGCGAGUCGGGAGACCAUCGAGACGGGCAUAUGGAUGCUGUCGGUGCUGUUCUGCAGCUGCGUCUGCUUUGGGAAUAUCGGCCGCCGCCUGGCGCUGAGCUCGUCUGCGGCCGGGAGAGGGAGGUGGGGCGGCGUGAGGUAGAGAGAAAGGGGGGGGAGGGGAAUAUAGGUGAGGGUAGGGUUGUAAGGUUAAGGUCGGAUGUUGAGUUGGUGUUU